AUGGAUGAGCAUUCAUCUCAACCACCGCCUCGUCCUCCAGCCGCUAUGGAAGAGACCAAGUGUGAAAAAACUGAAAUCGCAAAACAAGAUCAACCGGACCAGGUCGAGGCCAAACCCCCUCCAUCGGCGCCUAGUGACAACGAAAAGACGAAGCUCCAAGACCAGACAAAUCUGCUGCCGAUGAAACAAUUGCUUGUUGUUUUUGCUGGCUUGAGCUGUGCUCUAUUUUGCUCGCUUCUGGACCAAACGAUUGUCUCAACCGCCCUGCCGACUCUCGGCCGUGUAUUCAACGAUGCCUCGAUCGAGUCAUGGGUCGGAACCGCAUAUCUCCUUACCUCAACCUCUUGCCAACCGCUAUAUGGCCGGUUAUCGGAUAUUUUUGGGCGCAAAAUCAUUCUCCUUAUCAGCAUGGGCUUCUUUUUGAUCGGGUCAAUUCUGUGUGCAGUGUCGCGCAGCAUGACCAUGCUUAUCGUCUUCAGAGCAAUCGCAGGAAUUGGCGGCGGUGGCAUCUUGACUUCUGUCAUGAUCGUCGUUUCUGAUGUGGUUUCUCUCAAAAAGCGUGGUACUUAUCAGGGCAUUCUUGGGAUGGUGGUUGCGCUGUCCAACUCGCUGGGUCCUCUGAUAGGUGGACUGUUCACGGAAAAGGUUUCGUGGCGGUGGUGUUUUUAUAUCAACAUCCCCCUAACAAGCAUAUCUAUUUUCGUUGUUGCGUUUGUUCUCCCUCUAAAACGGGUCAAGGGAGAUGUCAAGGGAAAGCUCAAGAAGAUUGACUAUUUGGGGUGUGCAACCAUGUUGAUCUCCGCCAUUCUUAUCUUGCUCCCGAUCUCUUGGGGCGGAACUAAAUAUGCCUGGAGUUCAGCUGGUGUUAUUGCUCCUCUUGUCCUAGGUAUCGUGUUUUUCGGGAUAUUCGUCCUGAUUGAACUCAAACUGGCCGCAUUGCCUCUCAUUCCCAUGCACAUCUUCAAAAACACAACCGUCUCUGGCGCCUUGGGUGGAGCGUUUUUCACAGGCUUUAUGUUCUACUGCAAUCUAUACUAUGUGAGACCCUCUUCCUAUUCCGAUCUCCAAGAUCACGGCACUGAUGAUCUACAGCUCCCUCAAUUCUACCAAGUCGUUUACGACGCCUCCCCCCUCAGAUCUGGCGUUCUUCUUCUCCCACUCGUGGUCACCCAAUGCAUCGUUUCCUUUACGUCCGGCUUUAUAGUCUCCAAAACAGGCAACUAUACAAUCAACAUUUGGGUUGGGUUUGCCAUUUGGGCUAUUGCAUGCGGACUCCUCUCGACCAUUUCCCCAACUACUUCCAUUGCAAAGCUUGUCGGGUAUCAAAUUCUCAGUGGGAUUGGAUCCGGCCAGACGCUGCAGACAAAUCUGGUGGCUAUUCAAGCGAGUGUCAAGAGAAGUGAUAUGGCCGUUGCCACUUCAACUCGGAAUUUCCUGCGCAUGUUGGGUGGAACGGUAGCCCUAUCGGCCUGUGCUGCAAUAUUGAACAAUACAGCCCGGACUGAGCUUUCGUCUUUGAUCUCACCCGAUACCCUGUCGGAUCUUCUUUCGGAUCCCACGCGAAUUAACUCCCGCCUACUAGGUCUCACGGAGUCUCAGAGAUUGGCUGCCACACAAGCUUAUACCCAUGGUAUCCAAAAUAUAUAUUAUUUCAUGAUCGCUUGCUGCUGUACAUCUUUCUUCAUAACUAUAUUUUUCGUCCGCGGCCACAGUCUCAAGCGCGAUGAUGAUGCAAGGCUGCAGGAAGAAGGUAAACAGUGGGCUGCAAAACAUCGAGGCAUCCGCGUGUUGGAUCGAAGCAAGAAAACUGAGUCUGCAGCCCCGAAGAGUGAGUGUGAAACUAAUCAUACGCCCACUGAGCCUCCAGACUCGCCGGCGGAGUACCCACUCUACCAAAAUACCCAAAUCCUGCGAGAUUUCGAGAACUCUAGCAAUCUUCUUGCGCAUCUCCUGCGCGCUAGAGUCGGUCUCGUCCGCCCCCUGCAUCUCAGCGUCCCCACCAUUCGCAAUUUCCUCGUCUAG